GGCUUAUACCUCGAGAGGAAAUAAAGACACUAUGCUCAUUGAAUGGUUGAAUCGACCAAAAUGGCACGAGAGAGAAAAUGGAAAUGAGAAUACAAAAGAGCAGCCACGGCUAAACGGCUAGUAGCUAGUAGACAAUACGACAAGCACCGACAAUCACAAAAUCAACUGCACUAGCAGUCCAGCAGCGACGUUGCCGGAAAACACAAGCAGAGGUGAGAUAAAGUUGCGAUACAUAAACACUUUAACAUAUAUGAGAGCUUCACUGGAAAAAUAAAUUUGCAGUUUGCAAUUAUAAUGCACAAAUUUCCCAAGUUUCCUUUGUCUUCCCUUCAAUGCGGAGCUCUCUUGCAGUCUCUUACCAACUCCAGACUCUUGAACAAAGGUCAAAUACUUCAUGCUCAUAUCAUUUCUUCUGGUGUUCUUCUCAAAAACACAUUCCUUGCCUCUAAACUUGCUGCGUUUUAUGCGAAUUGCGGUCUUAUGGAGAAUGCCGAAAUCAUUUUUGAACAGAUUAUGGUUAAAAAUUCAUUUCUGUGGAAUUAUAUGAUUAGAGGUUAUACCACCAGUGGUUUUACUGUCAAGGCUUUGUUGCUUUAUAGUAAAAUGUUAAGUUUAGGGUUUCAACCGGAUAAUUUUACAUAUCCAUUUGUUGUUAAAGCGUGUGGUGAUUCUUUAUUUGUUGAGUUUGGCCGGAUAAUUCAUGCUCAGGUUAUGAUUAAUGGGUUUGAGUCUGAUGUUUAUGUUGCUAAUUGUCUUUUGGCUAUGUAUUCGAAUUUCGGGGAAAUGGGAACUGCACGUUUAGUGUUUGAUAGAAUGACUCAAAGAGAUUUAACCUCUUGGAAUACAAUGAUUACUGGCCAUGUAAAGAAUGGUUUUUCUGAAGAGGCCUUGUGUUUUUUUCUUUUAUUGCAAAGAUCUCAAUUAGCCCCUGAUUCUGCUACUUUGCUCGGCGUACUUUCGGCUUGUUCUGAUCUGCAUAUGAUUACGAAGGGAAAAGAAGUGCAUGGCUAUGUUUUGCGAAAUAGUAUGUUCACAUCUAACAGAUUUUUGACUAACUCCCUUGUUGAGUUUUACUGUAAAUGCAAGACAAUGCUGCACGCAAUCCGGUUAUUCAUGGUCUCGUCAAAGGAUUCUGUUACAUGGAAUACAAUGAUUUCAGGUUAUGUACAAACAGGCAAGGGUUUUGAAGGUUUAAGACUUUUCUGCCAAAUGGUCGCAUAUGGUGAACAGCCAGAUUUAGCUACAAUCGUUACUCUGCUUCGUGCUUGUGAACAGGUCAUUGCAUUUGAUUUUGGUAUGUCUAUUCACUCUUAUCUUACUCAAAAAGGCUUUGGUUGUAGCAUUAUGGUUGCAACUGCUCUUAUUGGAAUGUAUGCCGGAUGUGGUAAGCUUUCUUGUUCACAACGUGUUUUUGGUGAAAUAACCGAGAAGAAUCUGGUUUCUUGGACUGCUAUGCUUUCAGCAUAUGGACAUCAUGGGAAGGGAAGAGAAGCUCUUUCAACUUUUAACCAAAUGGUGGCAAAUGGCAUAGUUCCUGACGAGGGUGCUUUUACUUCCAUUUUGACUGCGUGUAGCCAUGCAGGACUUGUUGAGGAUGGGAGAGAGAUUUUUCGUCAAAUAAAACAGAACUAUAACAUGAAGCCUGCACUGGCUCAUUAUGCCUGCUUGGUUGAUCUUCUUAGCAGAUCAGGACACUUAGAGGAAGCAUAUGAAAUCAUUGACAAUAUGGAAGUGGAACCAACGGUUGAUAUAUGGGUCUCCCUACUCUUUGGCUGUAGGCUUCAUGGAAAUCUUCAUCUAGCUGAGGUGUCUGCUCAGAAUAUAUUUGAAGGAAAUCCAGAUCGAAUAAGUGGCUACAUUUCCCUAUCAAACACAUAUGCAUAUGAGAAAAGGUGGAAUGAUGUAGAGAAGCUGCGACAUGUAGCACAAAGUAAAAGACUGGAAAUGCCCAGAGGAUACAGCUUCAUUGAGUAAUAUUAUUACAAAAUGUUUAGUGCAGCUGGGUUGAUUUACGUGGGAUUCUAUAAGCUAGCUUUUACUCAUCACCUUAAAUGGGAGAGCAAUUAUGGAUAAAAUCUGUAUUGGUAUUUGCCUGACCAUGAUACCUAUGACUAAUUAGGCAUGGUAUGGAAUGAUGUUUUGAUUAAUUUGCAGGUCACCAUUAUAGGACAUAGUUGUAUGUGCAGUUUGUAAGCGAGACAACAUCACAAUAAUAUGGUAAAGGCAGUUCAUGAACAGACACUAUCAAGGAAAGGAAAUAUAAACAUCUGCUUAUUGUUUGAUGGA